AAACGAAGCAUUUAAAGAAACAUGGAAUACUCACGAGUGGGGAGUGACCUUACCUGACCUGACCCACACUGCAAUGCAAUCAUUGGUCGAUUUGGCCUUCAAAUGAUAUAUAUCUAUGCAGCGUCGCUCGAAUAUUUGGAAUGCUCUGCUCUAUCUGCCAAUUCUGCUUGCAUUUCUGCACUGCUAUCUUUCGCUUUCCGAAAUCACAACCGACGAAGAGAUUGAAACUUUUAUGUGCUUCUGUCUAAUCAGGAUUUGGCGAUUUGGAUCCUCGAGUUUGGAUUAAUCGUUGAAUCUAUCUGUCAAUCUGUUUGGGAAUGGGAAUCAUCUUCGGCUUUUGUUAGGAAGCAGCGGGCGGUUUCAGCCUUCUACUGGUUUUUGAUUGAUUGAUCGACUGAACGAAUUGCUUGGGAGAAUCGAAGUAGGCCAGAAUUCUCACUCGCUUAAGAAAGGAUAAAAGUGCAUUGCGGCGGUUGUUUUUGCCGCAAUGAGUGCAGUAUGUUCAACAACCUCUCCUCGUGAGCCCAGCAAUCCCGGCGAAGUCUAUAUGCAGCAGCACAUGCUCUUCACCGGUAGCUUGAAGGAUUUGAAGAACCUUAGGAAACAACUCUACGAAGCUGCAGAAUACUUCGAGUUGUCUUUCAAUAACGAUUUCGAAGAACUAGACGUCUUGGAUUCAUUGAAAGACUACUCGACUAAAGCUCUUGUAAGUACGACUGAUCAUUUCGGUUCUAUGGCAACCAAGGUUAGUAAGUUGCUAGAUGAUCAGGCUCGUAAAGUCUCCAAAUCAGAACUCAAACUAUCAUGUGUGGAGCAGAAAAUACGGACGAUUCAUAAGUUAAUAGACUGCGAGGGUCGUUCUCAGCAGUCAUUGGCAGUGGACACUCCCAAGUACCAUUCGCGAUACCUCUUGCCCGUGGGAGACACUAUGCGCGGAGCUUUUCGCACAAGAUCAAAAUACCAAGGAUGCAACCUAGACGACAUAGAAGAUUGGCAUGAAUACAAGAAUGCUAUUCAAGCUAAGGGUCAGGAAAUUCUCCCCCAAGUUACAGUUGGUAAAGGACGCUCGUCAUCACCUACUCUAAGAGCUGCUCGACAACAGAAGAGAGUUUACUUCUCUAGCAACCUACCCAACCAAGAUAAGGGAGCGGAGUCAACAUACAUGUAUCCUCAUCGUACAUCCAGUCUCAAAAGUAACCCCGUGACUCCAAAUAUCUCACCUCCGGAAACCCCAAGUCGGCCUAGGCCAAUGACCCCAAACCGAGCUCUCCGAAGGCAACAGUAUCUAUCUGAAGUUCAAAAGGCAGAAUCAUUAUUCGUUCGCUCGGACAAAGACACACGCAGAGACAGUGAACUGCAACCAGGCAAAAGCAAAGGACUGUUCAAAGGAUUUCUCAGUAGGCACAAAGCAAAGAAAGAUGAUCAUUUGGAUAUCUAUUUGGAUAAUACUAACUGAAAUAAAGUGCACAAACAAGAAAUCCCAUACUUGACAGAGUUUGGGCAAACUUUAAACCCUAGAUUCAGUUAUCAAACAUCAUCUAACUUCCAUCUUCAAUGUUUCUGUUUUUUUUUUUUUAAGCAUAAUAUAUAUUAUCAAACACAUGUUGAUCGAA